AUGAGGUUGAUCUCACCCUCUACUACGCUACCAGAAGAUGCAAGUAUCUCACGCACGGAACCAUACGAAACGAAGCCUGCUUCAAGCUUUUACAACUUCCGCCAAAUUAGUCAGGAGAUGGACAAUGCACCCUUGAAUGAAGCUCAUUUACCACCCUCAGAGAAAGUAUGGAGCUACUAUGCUGAUGAAGGUAGGAGCAGAACCCUCCGACAUGAAUACACAGAAUUUAUCGAUUCUGUCCAUAAUACUACCGGUACUCAAGAGAGAAGUACAGUUGAUAUACUUGGUUCGGGCCAAAAGGGAGAGUGUGACACGUGUGAUAUCGAUAGACCUGAAGUAGAUUCAAAUGAAGAGUUGGAAUAUCCCCGAACUCGAUUGGUAUUAAUUAGAGAUGCUACGCUGAGUUUACCUGAUUAUGCUGGACAAGGGUUAGAUUAUAGGAUGACACAUCAUUUACCUACUUGUCUUGCUCAAGCUUCAUCAAGAGAUGUCUUCAACAAAUUUAGGAAUCACGCAAGUACCCAGACGGUCAGCUUGACCGAUGUCAAUAGAUGGUUAGAAGAAUCUAUGGUGGAUCAUCUGCCUAAGAUCUUUCAAUGUGACUAUAAGUCGUUAGUGGAGUGUGCUGAUCUAUCUGGGGAGAGGACUGGAGUUCCCAUGCGAUGGGUCAUUCUGGGAGAUGGAAUCGAAGGUACUACUUUGAUUCAUCCUAAAGCUGGAGAUGGGAAGAAUCCAGCGAUGAUGCCGGAGUUGCAACUGAGGUUCUCAAGUGCUUGGAGCGUGUUUAAGAGGGAGGAAGAGGAUGAGUGA